UACAAACCGGUCGGCAAAGAUGAGAUUUUAAGACAAUUAACAGAGACAACUACUGUUUCUAAAGAAGCCGACAGUUAGCAAAGAGUUUUGGUCUGUCGUUUAUCGCAAACCCUAGGUCAUGUCUGGUGGAGGGGCGUCUAUCCCCCCGUCCUACGGAGGAGGUGGAGGUUAUGGCGGCCGUGAUGCUGGAUAUGGAGGACGCGGUUCCUCCGGCGGACGCGGUGGUUACAGCGGCGGAGGCGGAAGAGGCAAUCGAGGCGGCGGCGGUGGAUAUCAAGGAGGUGAUCGCGGUGGAAGAGAUGGUGGCGGCAGAGACGGUGAUUGGCGUUGCCCUAACCCUAGCUGUGGGAACGUGAACUUUGCAAGGAGAGUUGAGUGUAACAAGUGUGGUGCACCUACUCCAUCUGGUACUGGUGACCGGGGAGGUGGUCAUGGUAGUGGUAGGAGCUAUGAGAGUAGUAGAUAUGAUGGUGGCAGUAGGAGCAGUGGUGGUGGUGGUGGCUCUUAUGGUAGUAACAAUCAACAUAGAGAUAGGGAUAAUGGUUCUUAUGGUCAGGGUCCUACACCUCCUCCCUUGGCUGCUAUUCCAUCUUAUGAUGGUUCUGGGAGCUACCCUCCACCACCUUCCGGGUAUGGUAUGGAAGCAGUUCCCCCUCCUUCAAGCUAUUCUGGUGGACCCCCAUCAUAUGGUGGUCCCACAAGGGGAUAUGGUGGUAGCGCUCCUAGUGAUGGAGGAGAUGCACCUGCUGAAAAAGUCAAGCAGUGUGAUGAAAAUUGUGAUGAGACUUGUGAUAAUGCGAGAAUAUACAUCUCUAAUUUACCUCCGGAUGUGACUGUUGAUGAACUCAAGGAUCUCUUUGGUGGCAUUGGCCAAGUUGGAAGAAUCAAGCAGAAGCGGGGUUACAAAGAUCAGUGGCCCUAUAAUAUCAAGAUUUACACUGAUGACAAGGGAAAGAAUAAAGGUGACGCCUGCUUAGCGUAUGAAGAUCCUUGCGCCGCACACUCUGCAGGCGGCUUUUUCAACAAUUAUGAAAUGAGGGGGAACAAGAUUGGUGUAACGAUGGCAGAGAAGUCUGCGCCCAAAGCUCCUGCUUUUGACCAGAGAGGCGGUGGUAGAGGAGGAGGAUGUGGCUAUGGUGGGGGAGACAGAAGAAGGGAUAACUAUGGGUCAGGACCAGACAGAAACCACCAUGGGGGAAACAGGUCUCGUCCAUAUUGAGAGGAAGAGAAGAAUCAAUGAAGCAGAUGUUAUUUGUUCUAAGAGUUGUGUGUUCUAUGAAUUAUCAAUAUAUUGGAGAUACCAAACAAAAAUGUAGGUUUUUUUUGUUCACGAUUGCGGUCUGAACUGGACAUGUCUGAUACCUCCUCUAUUUUUUUCUUAGGUAGGGUUCACUCGAAAAUAUCUAUCAUUUGUUGGAGAAUAUUAUUGUGUGAAUAUGUAAGAGAUACAAAAAUAUCAAACCAGUUUCGGAUGUUUACCGUCUACAUAAACAUUCUAUUUGAAGUAAA